AAAACAAUAUAGUCAAUAGAAUAACCUUAUAAAAUUAGUAAGUGAAAAAACCCGAAAUUUAAGUCUAUUUUACUAUUUGAAAAUGUCGUUUGACCUGAAGAACGAAGCGGACGUUAAAGAAUAUCUAGAAAAGUUAGGCAUAGAAUACCGAUUCGGAUGCUACUCGGAGAAAAAACCCGAAGUUUGUCAUCUGUUAGGAGAUUACCUCGAAGGAAUUAAAAAAGAUUUUGACAAGGCUGCCAAGGUUUACCGGUCUAAUUGUGACGAUUAUGGUUUUGCUAAGAGUUGUUUGAAAUAUGGGAACUACAGUUUCCUCGGCAAGGGACGUGCUUCGGACAAAGGUGAUCCUGUGAAAGCCUAUCAAUACUAUGAAAAGGGCUGCGGUUUGAAUGACCCUGACGCCUGCCUACAUUCGGGCCUGCUGCUGGUAUCCAAAUCGAUUCCGAAAGACAUCAAAAGAGAUGUUCCGAAGGCAUUUGAAUAUCUUAAAAAAAGUUGCGAAAUGAACAAUGGAAAUGCUUGCUUCUAUCUUUCCGGCAUGCAUAUAUCCGGUAUUCUGAAGGACGAAUAUAAUACAGCCAAGACUAAGCAGGAGCUGGAACAGAAAGAGAAAUCAGUUUCAAAAGGACAACCCUCCUCCUUGCCUGCAGCGGCUUACGUCGUAGAACGUGAUAUGCAGAAGGCGUUCGAGUUCGCGUACAAAGCCUGUGAAUUGCGAAACAUGUACGCCUGUGCGAAUCUAAGUCAGAUGUACGCUAAAGGCGAUGGCAUCGCUAAGGACGAGAAAAAGGCAGAGAAAUACAAACAGCUGGCGAUGGAAAUGCAAGACGAGAUCAAAAAGCAGCAGCAGCCGCUUAACUUCCAGCAGGGUCUAAAUCCGUCAUAGACGGUGUGACAUUCCACUUUCGUGCUGGUGCUUGAGAAGUGACGAAAGGGAUUAGAAUGCGAGUGUUUGAUUCUAGCCACAACCGAUGUUUCAGCCGUUAUACGGUUCGUCGUCACACGUGACGAAUUUUAGUUGUUUCAAUAUGUACCUUAAAUUUGACAACGUAAUGGACAGUGAAAACGUUCGGCUAUUCAAAUUGUUCAAUAGAAACGUUUAGAAGAUAUGUGAAAUGUUUAGCGGAAAAAAUACCUGCAAGUAUUGUGCAAUAUUAUCGAAAGAAACGCUUUUAUCCCCCUAAAUUAUAUCGUCUGCUUGAUGAAAAAUAUGUUUCAAUUUUGGA